CAGGAAGUAAACCUCCAACUAUUUUUAGAAAUUCUAUUUCUUUCUCUCUUUUAGAGGAAACAAAAGCAGAAGCACUGAAAAAUGCCACUUGGAAUUUGCAGCUGUCUCUUUGGCUAAGAAAACGGUUUAAAACCCGUGGAUGGAGUCCUGAGCCUCAGACUGGGAUGGACGGCUCCCACACCACUCGUGCUCUGCUCUGAAGGACUUGCAUGUACGAACACUUCUGCCUGCUCAGAAGGUGUAGAAAAAGGAACAGCAUAUGACGCUCUGUCUGCAAUAUUAACCUCCCAUCCCAGGACAUACCCAAGUAUUUCAUCGCUUCUCAACAGCACGCUACGGAGGGGGGAAAAGACGAAGUGCAAAUGAAAGCCACAAACAACUUCAGCUACUUUAGAAACGACAGCAACUGCACCAGUGAUAACAAAAUCAGUCAAGUCAUUUUUCCUUUGCUUUACACAAUCCUGUUUCUGGUGGGUAUCACCAUGAAUGGCCUGGCAACAUGGAUCUUUUUUAAAAUAUCCAGUAAAUCCAAUUUCAUCAUCUUCCUCAAGAACACAGUAAUUUCUGACAUCCUCAUGGUCCUAACUUUUCCAUUUAAAAUCCUUAGCGAUGCAAAGCUGGUACCAUGGGUACUGAGAGGAUUCGUAUGCCAGGUCACCCAGGUUGUGUUUUACUUCACCAUGUACAUUAGCAUUUUGUUUCUUGGUCUAAUAACUAUCGAUCGCUAUCAGAAAGCUACUUCGCCAUUCAGAACAUCAACCACGAGGAGCCUUUUAGGUGCCAAGAUCCUGUCCACAGCAAUUUGGAUAUCAAUGUUUACUCUUUCAUUACCCAACAUGAUUCUAACAAACAAGAAAAAAACACCCAAGAACGUAAAGAAGUGUGCUCUCUUGAAAUCCGAGUUUGGCUUAGUCUGGCAUGAAACUGUAAACUAUAUUUGUCAAUUGAUCUUCUGGGUUAAUUUAGCAGUCAUAGUUGUAUGUUACAUGCUCAUAACCAGAGAACUGUACAAAUCCUAUAAAAGGACAAAAUGCGCAGGAAAAGCAGCAUCCAAAAAGACCGUAAAUCUGAAGGUUUUUAUCAUUAUUGCAGUGUUCUUUAUUUGUUUUGUGCCUUUCCAUUUUACUAGAAUUCCCUACACUUUGAGCCAAACGAGACAUGUUUUUGAAUGCUCUGCUCAGAAGACCUUGUUUUACUUGAAAGAGAGCACGCUCUGGCUGACAUCACUAAAUGCCUGUCUAGACCCAUUCAUAUACUUUUUUCUUUGCAAAUCCUUUAGAAAGUCCUUGCUAAACAUGCUGUGCAAACACGCACCGCCGUCAGCACUCGGAACGCGGACGGCGGAGCAGAACGAAGGAGACGACACAGAGGAGACUCCGUUAUAGAGCUAAGAACUAACUGUACUGCUAUUUGCCCAUCUGUUUAUUUGAAUAAAAAAAGCACCAGUCCUCUUUCUGCUAAAGUCAAUGUCUCAAUUUUCACCAACUUCUUUCUUUGUCCUGCAG